AUGGCGUUGUCUCGUCCGCCGCCGCCGCCGUCGUCGUCGGUGCUGGUGUGCGUGCUCGUGCUCGUGCUUAGCUGGUGCCGCCUUCUCCGCGGCGCGCCGCCGCCGCGGUACCUGGCGGCCAGCCUCGACGAGCUGCGUCGUAGCAGCAACAGGGGCCAAGUUCACUCGCCUCCAUUAACGUCCCCAGCCGCAGCAUCUGGCAGCAAGCUGACGAUCCACGCCCCGGUCACCGGCCAGCCGGCGGCGCGCGACAUCAGCGUCCGCGACAGGGCACGCCUGCGCACCCUCCUGCAGAGGUCGACGUCCACGUCGGCCGCCUCCUCCUCCUCCUUCGCUCCGUACGCGUCGCCACCGGCCAUGCCGCCCAAUCCGGCGGUGGCGCUGGCGCCGGCCGCCACCAUCCCGGACCGCUCGGGGGCCGACCUCGACACGCUGGAGUUCCUGGUCGUCGUCGGCCUCGGCUCGCCGGCCCAGACGUCCGCCCUCAUCUUUGACACCGGCAGCGACCUGUCGUGGGUCCAGUGCCAGCCGUGCUCCGGCCACUGCUUCCCGCAGCAAGACCCGCUGUUCGACCCGACCAAGUCGUCCACCUACGCCGCCGUGCCCUGCGGCGACCCGCAGUGCGCCGCCGCGGGCAACCUGUGCGGCGAGAACGCCACCUGUCUCUACCGCGUCCAGUACGGCGACGGCUCGUCCACGACCGGCGUCCUCUCCCGCGACACGCUCACGCUCACCUCCUCCCGGACGCUCUCGGGCUUCCCGUUCGGAUGCGGCCAGACAAACCUCGGCGACUUCGGCCGCGUCGACGGGCUGCUCGGCCUCGGCCGCGGCCAGCUCUCGCUGCCGUCGCAGGCCGCCGCGUCGUUCGGCGCCGUCUUCUCCUACUGCCUGCCGUCCUUCAACACCACGCCGGGGUACCUCACCAUCGGCGCGACGCCGGUCGACUCCAGCAAGGUGCAGUACACGGCGAUGGCGCAGAGGCCGCAGUUCCCGUCCUUCUACUUCGUCGAGCUCGUCUCCAUCGACAUCGGCGGGUUCGUCGUGCCGGUGCCGCCGGCCGUGUUCACGAGCACGGGCACCCUCCUCGACUCCGGCACCGUCCUCACCUACCUCCCGCCGCCGUCCUACGCCCUGCUCCGCGACCGGUUCAGGCUCGCCAUGAGGCAGUACAGGCCGGCGCCGCCGGACGACAUCCUCGACGCGUGCUACGACUUCACCGGCGUGAACCCGAUCGUCAUCCCGGCGGUGUCGUUCAGGUUCAGCGACGGGGCCGUGUUCGACCUCGGCUUCUUCGGGGUCAUGAUCUUCGUGGAGGAGAGCAUCGGGUGCCUCGCGUUCGCGGCGAGGGACCCCGGAUUGCCGCUGUCGAUCAUCGGGAACACGCAGCAGCGGUCGGCCGAGGUGAUCUACGACGUCGCCGCGGAGAAGAUCGGGUUCGUCCCGGGCAGCUGCUGAAUGCCACGCACUGAGAAAAUGGGCAAGUGCUACUCUCUUCUAGUGAUCUUCGUUGCCGAUCAGGAAUAAUGUCCAAAAGUAAUACAAACUUGCUUAUUUUGGGUUUGCAGUUGUGUUUUUAAAAUAACAUUCGAAAACUGUAAUACAAACUUGAAAUUAUCUAUGAGUGUUGGGAUUUUUGUGUCCCU